AUGACGAUGCUUUCACAACCACCCCGAUUCCCUUCUCUAGAUUCAAUCCCUGACCAUUUUCCUUUAUCAAUACGAGAAACAACCAAUACUCCAACUGUUAUCGCCACAAACCCCACAACUCAAGUCGUACUGCCAUAUAUACCUGCGGCACACACGGCUACACAUGAGCGGUAUGUUCCACCUGUAUAUGCCGCUUUUGAUCCCACCUUUACAACGCCCGUCACGGUCAGAGUAUCCUAUGAGAUAGACCAAUAUGCCGAAAUAAAGAGAGAGCCAAAAUGCAAGGAAGAAGAAUCAGUGUCAGAACAACUACGAGUAUUGAGGAAACAAAUGAAAAACCUCCAAAUUGCUCGAGGGAGUGAGAGCUUGGAUUAUGAGGACCUAUUCACACAUCCCGAUGUUGACAUGCCCGAAAGGUACAAGCCUCCAAAGUUUGAUAUUUUUUAUGGAAUAGGCGACCCCCACGCUCAUUUGAGGGUAUAUUGUGACAAGUUGGUCGGAGUAGGGAAAAACGAAAAGUUAAGAAUGAAGUUGUUAAUAAGGAGUCUGAAUGGAGAAGCUCUUACUUGGUAUACCAGACAAUACCCCAGGAAUUGGAGGGUAUGGAAGGAAAUGGAUGAAGAUUCUAUGAAUCGCUUCAGAUUCAACACUGAGAUCAACCCGGACAGAUUCGCUUUGGUGAAUCUACAAAAGAAGCCCUCUGAAUCAUUUCAAGAAUAUGCUCGCCGCUAG